AGCUGUCAGACUUUCAUUAUCCAAGUUUUUCCAUAUCUUUGAAUUCAUACCAGAAAGUGUUCUAAAGUAUUACCAUUAUGUAUCAGGAUUGACUGAGUGUGUGGAUUAUACUGAGUGUGUGAAUGGAUUGGCUGAGUGUGUGAAUGGAUUGACUGAGUGUGUAGAUUAUACUGAGUGUGUGAAUGGAUUGACUGAGAGUCUGGAUAAUACUGAGUGUGUGAAUGGAUUGGCUGAGUGUGUGAAUGGAUUGACUGAGUGUGUGGAUAAUGAGGAGUGUGUGAAGGGAUUGCCUAAGAGUGUAGAUUAUACUGAGUGUGUGAAUGGAUUGACUGAGAGUGUGGAUAAUACUGAGUGUGUGAAUGGAUUGGCUGAGUGUGUGAAUGGAUUGACUGAGUGUGUGGAUAAUGAGGAGUGUGUGAAUGGAUUGCCUGAGAGUGUGGAUUAUACUGAGUGUGUGAAUGGAUGGACUGAGUGUGUGGAUAAUGAGGAGUGUGGGAAUGGAUUGACUGAGUGUACGGAUAAUGAGAAGUGUUUGAAUGGAUUGACUGAGUGUGUGGCUUAUACUGAGUGUGUGAAUGGAUUGACUGAGUGUGUGGAUUAUACUGAGUGCGUGAAUGGAUUGGCUGGGUGUGUGGUUAAUACUGAGUGUGUGAAUGGAUUGGCUGAGUGUGUGAAUGGAUUGGCUGAGUGUGUGGAUAAUGAGAAGUGUUUGAAUGGAUUGACUGAGUGUGUGGAUUAUACUGACUGUGUGAAUGGAUUGGCUGGGUGUGUGGUUAAUACUGAGUGUGUGAAUGGAUUGACUGAGUGUGUGAAUGGAUUGACUAGGUGUGUGGAUUAUACUGAGUGUGUGAAUGGAUUGGCUGAGUGUGUGAAUGGAUUGACUGAGUGUGUAGAUUAUACUGAGUGUGUGAAUGGAUUGACUGAGAGUGUGGAUAAUACUGAGUGUGUGAAUGGAUUGGCUGAGUGUGUGAAUGGAUUGACUGAGUGUGUGGAUAAUGAGGAGUGUGUGAAUGGAUUGCCUGAGAGUGUAGAUUAUACUGAGUGUGUGAAUGGAUUGACUGAGAGUGUGGAUAAUACUGAGUGUGUGAAUGGAUUGGCUGAGUGUGUGAAUGGAUUGACUGUGUGGAUAAUGAGGAGUGUGUGA